AUGGAUGGCACGUGGUACUAUGCUACUGUGUUUAUCCCUUUCUAUCGCCUAGUCGGUCCUUCCAAGUCGCCCGUUGCGCCCGUGAUUAUCAAGACGGAGUUGUGGGAUACCAUCACGAGGAGAGGUCUCAUCGGGAAUAUCAUAGGCUCGUGA